UGUAGUCGCAGCAGCCGCCAUGGCUCGCAAGAAGGUGACCCUGCAGUGGAUCGCCAACGACGCGACCCGUCGCGCCACCUUCAAGAAGCGGCGCAAGGGCCUGAUGAAGAAGGCGAGCGAGCUGGCGACGCUGUGCGACGUGGACGCCUGCGUCGUCGUGUACGGCGAGGGCGAGACCCAGCCGGAGGUGUGGCCCGACGUGGCCAAGGCGGCGCAGGUGCUGGCCCGGUUCAAGGCCAUGCCUGAGCUGGACCAGUGCAAAAAAAUGAUGGACAUGGAGGGGUUCCUGACGCAGCGCAUCGACAAGCUCAAGGAGCAGCUCCACAAGGCGCAGCGCGAGAACCGGGAGCGCGAGACCACGCUCCUCCUCCACGACGCCAUCGUGGGGCGACGCCCGAGCCUCGUCGGCCUCUCCGUCGAGGACAUCGCCGGGCUCGGCUGGAUGGUGGAGAACCGCCUCGUCGGCGUCAAGGAAUCCCUCGAGCGCCACCACCACCAGGUCCAGGCCGCCGGCGGGAAGCAGCCGCAGGGUGGUCACCAGGGCAACGCCGUCGUUCCCCCGCCGACCCUGCAGCUGCAGAUGCCGCCUCAGGUGAGCCUGCAGCCGCUGAUGCCCUACAACAUCGGCGGCGGCCCCGCCGGGCAGACGGACGGUGUGCAUCAUCAGGCGCCGCCGCACCCGCAGGCCAGCAGCUGGUUGAUGGAAGUGGCCAGGGCCGGAGGGGACCUCGGCGCGCUCGUCUACAGCGGCUUCAGUGGUGGGCGCGGGAGCUUCGGAGGCUCCGCCGGCGCCGGCACCAGCACCAGCGCUGUGGCGGCAGACAUGCUGCCUCAUCUGGGCAAUUUUGGCGCCGGAUUUGGGUGGUCUGAUCCUGCUGGCCCUUCUUCUUUCCCUCCGAUGUAAGGAGGCCGACGCGCUCCGCCGUUCGCCACAAUCCGCACCAUCGCAUCCUCUCGUCGUCGUCGUGUCGUCGGGCAUGCAUGCAUGCAUAUCUAUGCUAUCGAUCGUAUCCUGCCGUCGUUCGUGUACCGUCUAUAUAAUACUCCACUCUUAUAUAGGAGUAUGUUUCAUUUUUCACUAUAUAUUGUACUUGUCAUGCCACAUGGAUGGUUAUAUAUUAAGAAAUUGAUUUUUGUGUGGUUGCUCUUUA